UCGGCCUCGUGCCGCCAGCCAACCGCGCGGCCGCUUGUUGAGCCAGGGCUCCACCGUCGCCAUGACGCCCGGCAAACAUUCUCGAGCCUUACCCCGAGCCGCCAACGCCGGGGUGAGGUACAGAGACUUCAGAGGCGGCCAGAAAAGGUGGUGGACCACUCCCCAGCUGGUCGCUACCAUGCCAGUCUCUCCGGCAGGCAGUCACAAGCAGCAGAGCUUCGGGUUGAACAAUGCCACACAACCAAAUAAGUCUAUUAGCUUUUUUGCUACAAUGAAAGGAACUUCAAUGAAAAGUUAUGCCGGUGCAAAUCAAAGCAGAAUGGUUGUGUCCAAAGCCAUGCUUAUUCCAUCUGAAUUGAAAACUGUAGAAAAAACAAAUCCCAAUAUAAAGACAAUACAGGUGUUUGACAUAAAUGGAAUUGAUGUUACUCCUCGACCUCUUUACCAUCCAGAUCCACUUACUGGUACAGCAAAGCCAAAUAAACUCUUGACAUCACAAGAAGGAUCACUUGGAUCAGAAUUUGUAUCUUCCUAUAGCCUUUAUCAGAAUACAAUAAAUCCUAGUAUGUUAGGGCAGUUUACAAGGUCAGUUUUAGGAAGCAGUACAGUUUCUAAGUCAAGUGUAUCAACAAGUGAAUCAAUAGCAGAAGACUUAGAAGAAUCAUCCUAUAAACGAGAAAGAUUGACUAGUUUCACAGAUUUGCGAGUUAUGAGGGCGGCACCUGAAACAGUGAUAACAAAAGAAGACCUGGAGAAGAAUAUAGAGAUAAUACUCACAGAGACAGAAACACUGAAAUUUUUUGACUUGCCCGCAGUCAUGGUCUCUGUAGAAUCUGAGGAAGCUGAGAAAGUAAUCCAGAGAAACAAGAAUUAUGAAGUCCUUUGUAGAAAUAGAUUAGGCAAUGACUUGUAUGUUGAAAGGAUGAUGCAGACUUUCAAUGGAGCACCAAAGAAUAAAGAGGUUCAAUGUGAUAAAAUCAUAAUGGAAGAUAAAGGCAUAAUGUCCACUGCCUGGGAUUUGUAUGAUUCUUACAAUGCUAUGGAACUUUUAUCUUUAUCAGUAAAGCAAUCUUCACCUGAGUCAAGUAGUAAAGCAAAUGUACUUCCUAAAGAUCGGGAGCAAGGAUUGGCAGGGAGCACUACAGAAAAAAGUAGUGAAGCUAGUUCUCUAAUGGACAUAGAAAAUGUAAUUCUGGCAAAAAUCCAUGAAGAUGAGGAAGACUUCUCAGAUGUAAUAUUAAAAUCUGACAGAUUUCAUCAGGACUUACUUUUUAUGGAACGAGUUCUAAUGGGAAAUAUAUUUCAGCCAAAACUUGCAGCUUAUCGUCAGCUUCCUGUUUUCAAAGAACCUGAACCUGAAGAGCCUGAAGACUUUUUAGAAAAUGCAAAACAUGAAGAGGUAGAGGAAGAACCUAAGAAGGAAGAGGAAGAAGAAAUAGAAAUAGAUGCAGAAGAAUCAACAAUACUAGCCAACUUGGAACGACUUUGGUCUUUUUCCUGUGAAUUAACCAAAGGCCUCAAUGUGAGCAGCCUUGCCUGGAAUAAAACAAAUCCAGAUCUCUUGGCUGUUGGAUAUGGGAACUUUGGAUUUAAAGAGCAAAAAAGAGGAUUGGCUUGCUGUUGGUCAAUAAAGAAUCCCAUGUGGCCAGAACGUAUUUAUCAGAGUCCAUGUGGAGUUACUGCUGUGGAUUUUUCAAUUGGAUCACCUAACCUUUUAGCAGUUGGUUACCACAAUGGCACAAUUGCAAUUUAUAACGUACGGAGCAACAGUAAUGUUCCAGUUCUGGAUAGUAGUGAAUCACCUCAAAAACAUUUGGGACCUGUAUGGCAACUACAGUGGAUAGAACAAGAUCGAGGAACGACAGGAGAUGACAAAAGAGAAAUCCUAGUUUCUAUAUCAGCAGAUGGAAGAAUCUCCAAAUGGGUUAUACGAAAAGGACUAGACUGUUAUGAUUUGAUGCGAUUAAAGAGAACUACUGUUGCCAGUAACAAAAAAGGAGGGGAAAAGGAAAAGAAAGAUGAAGCUUUGAUAUCUCGACAGGCUCCUGGAAUGUGUUUUGCUUUUCAUCCCAAGGACACAAAUAUCUAUUUGGCUGGCACUGAAGAAGGUUAUAUUCACAAAUGUUCUUGUUCAUAUAAUGAACAAUACCUAGAUACCUACAGAGGACAUAAGGGCCCAGUGUAUAAAGUGACAUGGAACCCAUUUUGUCAUGAUGUAUUUUUAAGCUGUUCUGCAGAUUGGGGUGUUAUUAUAUGGCAACAGGAGAACAUCAAGCCAUUUUUGAGUUUUUAUCCAACUACUUCUGUUGUUUACGAUGUUGCCUGGUCUCCAAAAUCAUCCUACAUAUUUGCAGCUGCGAAUGAGAACAGGGUGGAGAUUUGGGACCUUCAUAUCAGCACUUUGGACCCUCUGAUUGUUAAUGUUGCGAACCCUGGAAUCAAGUUCACAACCAUUCUCUUUGCCAAACAAACAGAUUGCCUUCUGGUAGGAGACAGCGAUGGACAGGUUUCUGUGUACGAGCUGAGAAAUAUGCCUACUGCUUUGGAUUCUGGCCAGGAAGAUAUAAUAGACACUUUGCUUGGACGCAAGUCAAACCAACCAGCAUAAUUCAUCAUUCCUAAUACCUUUCUUGUGGUUGUUUCUUUAAAAAAGAAGUUGUUUAACAUCCAGUAUUCUGUAUUAUAUGCUGUACACCAGCUUUUGCUUUCAGAAAACAAUAUUUUAUGUAUAACUUCCACUUAAUUUAAAUUUAAUGAACUUUUAUUUCAGAGAUA